ACGCAUGCUAGCUGCAACAAUGUACUAUCACAAUAAGACGAAGAUGCCACCACCACCUUGCUCUUGCUUCUCUGCUGUCUCUGUUCCCUUCUCCUCCUUCAAAACCAUAACAAUGCUCCUCCUCCUCCUCCUCAUCCUUCAGCAACUGUCUGCGGCUGCGGUUGCAGGGAUGGCCACCACCAAGCUUGGGUUGUCUGACGUGGUAACCGACACCUGCGACAGAUGCAGCAAGAGCAAUCCACAGGUGAACUACACCCUCUGCGUCUCGUCUCUGUCGUCGGACCCCGAGAGCAGGCAGGCGGACCUCCACGGUCUCGCCAUCAUCUCGGCCAAGCUGCUGAGGUCAGGCGCGGUGGCCAUGGAGGCCAAGAUGGCGGACCUCAGCAGGAAGGAGCGCCCAUGGUCCCCCCGGAGGUCCUGCCUGGACGCCUGCGUCGGGGUGUACCGCAACUCCCUCUACGACCUCGGCAGCUCCAUCGUAGCCAUCCAGGAGAGGAGGUACGCGGACGCCAAGACGUCCAUGAGCGCCGCGGUGGAUGCGCCCGUCACCUGCGAGGAUGAGUUCAAGGAGCAGGGCUUGGAGCCACCCAUGAGAGCGGAGACCAAACGCCUGUUUCAACAGGCGGUCAUCUCCCUCGCAAUCAUCUCCCUGCUAUGACUAUGGGUGUGUUUGGUUUGGCUUUUGGCUUUGGCUUUUGCCCCCUAAAAGCCAAAAGCCAACCAAAGGGCUGGAUCCAGGAAGCAGCUUUUUCUAAAAGCCGACUUUCUCGUAGUGCAAAACUGAAAGCACCCCUAGACCUGCUUUUAGUGGCUUUUGGAUGGUACUGUGAAAACAUAUAUCGAAGAACUUUUAACGACUUUUAGUGGUUUCCACCAAACGAUUUUUAGCUUUUAAACAGCACACAGCCUACAGCAGCUUUUUCCACAGCUCACAGCCCACAGCAACUUUUUCCACAGCCACAGCCCAACCAAACAGACCCUAUGACUAUAUAUAUUAUUGCUUCUUCGAUCGAUCUCUUCUCUUAUGUUGAUGUCGUGAGUUAUCUCUAGAUAUAUAUAUGUCUCAUAUGCUAUGCA